AUGGAGAAUCUGAUUGACAAGGGCACUUUCAUUUCACAAGUUGAGAGGCAAAACAGUUCACUUCCUACUGUCAUCGUGAUUGGUGGUGGUAUUUCAGGACUAGCUGCUGCGCGAAUACUCCAUGAUGCAUCUUUUAAGGUGAUCUUGCUGGAAUCGCGUGAUAGACUUGGUGGCCGCAUUCAUACGGACUAUUCAUUUGGCUAUCCGGUGGAUUUGGGGGCAUCAUGGCUGCAUGGUGUUUGCAAUGAGAAUCCCUUGGCUCCACUGAUACGAGGUCUGGGGCUAAAAUUAUACCGUACUAGUGGUGACAACUCUGUGUUGUAUGACCAUGAUCUAGAGAGUUAUACCCUUUUCGACAAGGAAGGACAUCAAGUUCCACAACAGAUGGUUAUUGAAGUUGGAGAUACAUUCAAAAGAAUUCUCAAGGAGACGGAGAAAGUAAGAGAUGAAAACACUCAUGACAUGUCUGUUCGUCAAGCAAUUUUUAUUGUUCUAGAUAGGCAUCCGGAAUUAAGGGGGCUUGCACAUGAAGUGCUUCAAUGGUACAUCUGUAGAUUGGAAGCGUGGUUUGCAGCAGAUGCAGAUAUGAUAUCACUGAAAUCUUGGGAUCAGGAGCAAGUUCUUUCCGGUGGUCAUGGUCUUAUGGUGCAAGGUUAUGACCCUAUAAUAAAGGCUCUUGCAAAAGAUAUUGAUAUACGCUUGAAUCAUAGGGUUAAAAAAAUAUCCAACUGGCCUAAUAAGGUGAUGGUCACAGUAGAGGAUGGGACAGGCUUUAUUGCUGAUGCAGCUAUCAUCACAGUACCCCUUGGGAUUCUUAAAGCCAACUUAAUUCAUUUUGAGCCAAAGUUGCCACAGUGGAAGGUUGAUGCAAUUUCAGAUCUUGGUUUCGGCAGUGAAAACAAGAUUGCAAUGCAAUUUGAUAAAGUAUUUUGGCCAGAUGUUGAACUCUUGGGCAUUGUUGCACCUACGUCUUAUGCUUGUGGUUAUUUUCUAAAUCUUCACAAGGCAACUGGCCAUCCUGUUCUUGUUUACAUGGCUGCUGGAAGGUUUGCUUAUGAUCUUGAGAAGCUAUCUGAUGAGUCUGCUGCAGAAUUUGUGAUGUUGCAGCUGAAGAAAAUGUUUCCUAAUGCAACAGAGCCGGUUAAAUAUCUUGUAACACGGUGGGGGACGGAUCCGAACUCACUUGGUUGUUACUCUUACGAUCUUGUUGGGAAGCCUGAAGAUUCAUACGAGAGACUCCGCACACCCCUGGGCAACCUCUUCUUUGGAGGAGAAGCAGUCAGCAUGGAGAACCAUCAAGGAUCCGUUCACGGAGCAUACUCUGCAGGAAUUAUGGCUGCCGAGAACUGUCGAAGACACAUAUUAGAGAGACUUGGCUACUUUGAUAAGCUCCAGCUAGUCCCUUCUAGAGGUGAAAUUCAUGAGCCUUUCCAAAUCUCAAGGAUGUGA